AUGGAAUUGGUGCUUAAGAUUUUGAAGGAUGGACUUAUGGCAGUUCAUGUGCCAUACGCCUGUGGAUUUGCGAUUAUCUUGCUUACCAUUAUCGUCAAAGCAGCAACAUAUCCUUUGACAAAGCAACAGGAGAGAAUACAACUAGAGACUUCACGCUUGUAUAAACAAGCUGGUGUAAAUCCAUUAGCAGCCACCAUACCAGUUUGGAUUGGUUUAUACCAAGCUCUCUCCAACGUGGCCAACGAGGGCCUCCUUUCAGAAGGUUUCUUUUGGAUUCCCUCUCUGGGUGGAUCCGGCAUAUCCUGGCUUUUUCCAUUUGUGGAUGGUCAUCCACCACUGGACUGGUCUGACACUAUCGCGUAUCUUGUUUUACCGGUUCCCCUUAUUGCCUCCCAGUAUGUGUUAAUGGAGAUUAUGAAUCCCCUCAAGUGA